UCAUCUUGCUCUCCCCAAUGAUGCAGGCAGCAAUCCAGCAGCUGCCGUCGUCUCACUACGCUCCCCAGCUUUCUCAUAGAGCUCAGUACUUGCCCGUCAGGACCGCCAUCAACGGUACGGUGACGCGGACAGCGGCGACCAAUGGGCUCCCUAUCCCUGUGCCCACCCCGCCUGUCUCCAGAAAGCGCAAACGACCUCCUGCCAACUAUUCUGUCUCCUACAGUGAGGUCCAGGAGGUCGACGACGACGGCAAACUGCGCGAAGUCAUAGUUAUUGAAGACACCCCUCCCCCUCCAGCCACAAUUUCACCCGCUUACACGACAUCCACAAGCAAUGGCGCAUAUUCCGUAUCGAUGCAAUCUCCCAUUUACGGUGCCCCUGUACGCACUCGAGCGCGCGCUGCAGAGGAAGCACAGCUACUCAGUGCGAGCACCUCUUCAAGUUCUGGUGGUAUCACAGUUCCCGCUCUCAAGAGACGCAGACGAGAACCAGAGCUCAGCAAGGUCGUACAGGCUAAGAAGGCCGCCUCAAACACAAAAUACGCUCAAACUCAGGCAGCUAAUGGCAGAGUCUGGGCGAACGGGGCCACCACCACAACGACUGUGACCAAUACUCAGACAGAGAUGACGCAUCCUUCCUGCGACGAUAAGGAAGGCCAUUAUAUCGUUCAACCAGAUGACAUUAUUUACAGGCGAUAUCGAACUGUCCGACUUCUGGGGCAAGGCACUUUCGGGAAAGUCGUCGAGGCUAUCGACACACAAGAACAGAAGAAGGUCGCAAUCAAGAUUAUUCGUGCUGUCCCUAAGUACCGAGACGCAAGCAAGAUUGAGGUGCGCGUCCUACAGAAGCUCAAGGAUCGUGAUCCAUUCAAUAAGAAUAAAUGCGUGCACCUCUUACAUUGGUUUGAUCAUCGCAAUCACAUCUGCCUUGUGACUGAGCUAUUCGGCAUGUGUGUAUACGACUUCCUCAAGGCGAACAACUUCCAGCCAUUUCCCCGACGUCACAUCCAAGACUUUGCCCGUCAAUUGCUGGGAAGCGUGGCUUUCUUGCAUGAACUUAAACUCGUUCACACGGAUUUAAAGCCGGAGAAUAUCCUCUUUGCCCAGAACUCGUUCAAAACCGUAUCUUUACCUAGUUCAAAGGUUGGCGGUGUUGAAAUUCCAGAUGAAUCUUCCAGUGUUGACGAGUCUGCGCAGCGUGGUGCUCCUCCACGACAGAAACGCAUAGUCACCAACACGGACAUUCGUCUCAUAGACUUUGGAAGUGCUACUUUCGAGGACGAAUACCAUUCAUCAGUCGUUUCAACUAGACAUUACCGAGCUCCAGAGAUUAUACUUGGUCUGGGCUGGUCAUAUCCGUGCGACGCAUUCUCGCUGGGUUGCAUUCUCGUCGAAUUCUAUACAGGUGUGGCCAUCUUCCAAACGCAUGACAAUCUCGAACAUCUAGCUAUGAUGCAAGCUGUCAUGGGUGUCAUGCCGGAACGAUUUGUCCGUGCAGGGGCACGUUGCAAGCCCGAAUACUUUAAGGACGGGAAUAAACUAAAUUGGCCUCCAAAGAAGGUUUCACGGCAAAGCAGGAGAGACGUCCGCGCAACGAAGAGCUUACGGGACAUCAUCCCGCCAAUAGACAUUGUCAAUGAGCAUUUCCUAGAUCUCGUCGCUCGACUAUUGGCGUUCGACCCGCAAGACCGAAUUUCCGUCCGUGAUGCCCUGCAACAUUCAUAUUUCAACCUCAACGUCCCAAUGGAAGAAUAUUAAUAGACGGCCUUCACGCUUGCUUUCGACUUUUGGUUAUCUCGUGCUUUUAACCCUUCGCCUUGUCCGUAUCGCCGCCCAAUCACGCCCAGCAUCGACAAACAAACAAACAAACAAACAUUGCUUACAACCCCAGCACUGUGCCGACACUUGCAUCCAUAAUGCGUUCCAUUCAUCCCCUGGCCAACAAACUCCUGGUUAUUCGAUACCACCUUGUACUAUGCCAAAUCCAAACCAAGUCUCAAUUACAGCGUACAAAUAUGCAUUUUGCACAAUCGUGAUUACCCCACACGUUACAUGCAUCGUAUUCCCUAUGCUUAUCACCCUAUAACCAACAAUAUCUACCCAGACCCUUGUGCAACUACUCGUAUAAUCAUACCUUCAUCGUUGACCAGGAAGGACUAGAUUCCGGAUACGCAUCCCCUAAAUCUUCUCUUUUUGUACCUCCAUUCGUUUCGCUCGUUACUAUCCAUCCCCAUUUCGCGGCGCUCGGAAAGGCGAAGACUGUCAGGGUUCUAUCGUUCUCUUCUGUGCUCUGUUUAUAUCAUCAAUCCCGGUACCAAAUUUCUUAAAUCUGUCUUCUUUUUUCCUUCCCACUUUUUUUAUAAAGAUCUCAAAUUUCUUUGUAACAGUAUCGUAUCCGGUUUACCGACCCAUUUCUUAUAUUGUUAUCAAUAGGACCCGUGUUAUGGAACUCGAGGCUGACGCUGACGAUUACGAUAGUGCACACGGAUUUCGAACUGGAUAUACCUAGGUGUAUAACAGAAAUUGGUACAGGCACCGAAUGAAGUCGAUCUAUGUGCAUGCCAAGUCCGAUUCCUCAAGAUCCUUCCGGUUUUCUGCUCUCGGCAAGGCAGGACAAAGAGCAACAAUAAUGGAUUCAAGCCACGUACGCGCAAUGUAGUCGUCAUUGUCCUGACUCAUCCACACACACUACAAGACGACAAGAUGAAACACUAAUAAACACUACCCUCGUAAACGAAAUUGGUCGAAUUUCCUCUUAUCUGAUCGGCUAUACAAUUCCAAGAUUCACACAGUUAUCGAUGUUGCUUUGCUCAUCACUUCCGGAUUCCGAUUCCAGCGUCUGACAGGUACUGUAUUAUAAAGAGUUGUUUCGUUUGAUCAAGACCAUUUUCUCGGGCAACAUGGGAAUCCAAGGUAAUUAUUAAUAGAUUAUAUUACCAGAGUCGAUACAUAGAAAUUUUAACGAAUUUGAAAAUUGCUGAAAGGUACGUGAUUGCAAGUUUGUACGAUCUGAUGAAAUGAUGACUGCUUUUGGCUCAAACGACGUUUGUGGCCUGUGGCCUGUGACCGGAUCAAAUAUUCUUUGAUUGUGGGCCACGGCGAAAAAUGUCGAGUUUUAAUACUGGUACGGUACGCAUCGAACGAUUACUGCUAGUACCGCCACUGUGUUCAAUUGAUCGAAGCGCAUGUAUGGUCUGUAUUUCGAACGCCUCCACCAGUGUAACAUAUACGGUCUGCACUGCAUGCAUCUGCGUAAUGCAUAUUGAUGUACAUCACUGAAUGCUAAGUAACUGGU